GCGCCUUUCUGUAGAUGACUGCUUGCGCAAGCCGUCAUGUACUGAUACUCCAUGAUAGGCCAGUGCUCCUGAAAAGCACACCUUCUGGUGAGUUCACCUUGUGCAACGGCGGCGAAAGGUCUCCUCUCUAGUGUCUCCAGUCUGCACGGUCCCGAGAGCUCCGUGGGAGACAUGCAGGACCUUUUGUGUACGACGCUGCUGCUGCUUGUUGCUUCGACCCUUCAAGUUGUCUUCUGUCGUGAUACGGUAGCGACCGAAUGGGAGAAAUUCAAGGCAAAGUAUAAUCGAUCAUACUCCAGCACUGAAGAGGAAGCUUCUCGUCUGGAGAUUUUUAAGUCCAAUCUGCGUAUCAUUGAGGAACAUAAUGCCGGCGAGAGUUCGUAUCGACUAGGAGUGAACGACCUGGCGGACCUGUCUGUCGCCGAGUACAGGCGACUACUGGCGCCGGUCGCACCCGCCGCCCGUCCGCCCGGCCACUCUGCGCGUGCGGCCGGCGUCUGGCUCUGGACCGGCGGCUCCAAGGACUGGCGGGACGAGGGUGCCGUCACGCCCGUCCGCUACCGGACGGACAGGUGCGGCUCCGGCGGCCGCUGGGCGUUCGCCGCCGCCGACACCGUCGAGAGCGCCUGGAAAAUCGCCGGAAACCCUCUGGUGGUGCUCUCCGAGCAGCAGCUCAUCGACUGCUCCACCGAUUACGGCACACACGGCUGCACGGCCGGGCGGGCCGAGCAGGCGUUCGAGUACCUCUCCAGCAGCGGCGACGGCCUAUCGAAGGCCGCCGAUUACCGGUACUACGGCGGCGACUGGGAGAGCUGCCGUUCCCACACGGGCGUCGCACACAUCUCCGACUGGAGGUUCACGUCGCGCGCCAGCGAGCCCGAGCUCGAGUACGUGGUGGCCACGGUGGGGCCGACGGCGGCGCGCAUCGACGCCGACCACACGGCGUUCCAGCUGUACGCGGGCGGCGUGCUGCACGUGAACCACUGCAGCACCGACCGGCCCACGCUGGCCGUCGAGGUGGUCGGCUUCGGCUCAGAGGACUACUUCGGCCAGCUGGUCACCUACUGGCUGAUCAAAAACUCGUGGGGACCCGGCUGGGGCGAGUACGGCUACUUAAAACUCCACAAGGACGCCAACAACAUGUGCGGAAUAGCGACCGACGCCUCCUACCCGCUGGUUGGGUGAGGUCCAUGGACAGUACUCGAUCGUUAGUGUGGAGGUCAGCUUGUACAUAGGUGUGAUUAAGGAUCAGUUCAAUACAGAGUGACUGGUCAUGACCGAUGAUGGGUAAAUGCUGCGUUAUUUAUCUGAAAAGCGCGGGACCGUAGUCAUGCACAGUGGUUUCCGCAUGCGAUAGGAUGAGCGAUAAACGAUAAACAAUGCUUCGCUGUCAACCCGCGCCGGGCCGGUGCUCUGAGAUUCGGCACCGGGCCGGGGGGGGGGGGUGUCUGAACACCCCCCUUCUAACUCGGCUCCUUGGCCACGUAGCGACACGCGGUAAGCGGCAAUCGAAAGAACGUCCAAAAUAAGGACGAAAACACCUGGUCAUUUUUUGGGUCAGGUCAUAGGUCAGGUCACCAGAGGUCACCAAAGGUAAAAUUUUGACUAUUUCAACAUUUUGGAAACUGCCGACGGCUAUCUCGGGAACCGAUAAAGCUACAGCACCGCAGUAAAGCGCAUUCGAUAGCCCUUUUAACCCUCGCCCGCACAUGGGGGGGGGGGGGUGGUUGCCACCCCCCCAGGCAGUCUUUCUGCUCUGCACUCAACAUUUUUUGAGCUAGAAGGCUGAUUUUUCGUAUAGCUGCUCGUCCAUCCUUUCUUGAUGUCCACUGAAAAUUUCAAGUUUCUGUGAUUUUUGGUUUCGGAGAUAUGACCUUGUUUUUCAGGUCAUGUCAUGACCCAAAUGGCCAAUUCUCAACAUCUUGCGUUUGCCAUGGGCCUUGUGAGAUUUUGACACCCUGAUUUCGGCCUUUUUUGCCAGUCUUACCUCCCACCUAUCAUGGAACAUGUUGUUCGACGAUGUACAGGGGUCAAGGUCAGGGUCAAGGUCAACCUAGGUCAUCUAAGAUAAUUGCGUUUUAGGCAAGCUGAAUUUACUUUUUGUGAAGUUUUUUGACUGCAUUUUUGGUAAAAGCUUCUCAGAUCAUGAUUUCAUGUGAUAUGGACCCAAAAACAAUCGGUGCACACAUCAGUAUACACACAGACACACACAGACAUACAAACACAUAUAAUUGACCUUGACCUAACUUGACCUGAAAUGACCUCAGCAGCAAAAUUCUGGUCGGAUAGUGUGACAAAGAGGUUCUAGCUGGCUUGGCACCAGAAAACAGCAUCGACAUCGGUAUUUGAUAAGCAGCGCACUUGAUAUCCAACGGUGACCCAAAACAGCAACAUUUUUUAGUUUGACCUGACCUGGAAGGUCAAUGACUGACCUGAGAAGGUAAAACUAGGUAUCAUUGGAUUCGUCUCUUCCCAAAGAAUCUUUUUGGUCUUUACUGCUAAGCUCUAUCUCCAACAGGAACGAAAUGGCGCGGGGGGGUGGCAACCACCCCCCCCCCCCCCAUGUGCGUUCUAGGAUGGGAAAAUGGCAUGUGCGGGCGAAGGUUAAAGACCUUUCUGAGUAAUGUCCUCAGAUUUGACCUCAGGUCAACGGUUUAGCCUCCAGAGGGCAAAAACUCCAAAAAUAGCCGUUUUCACGAGAAACGUUUUUUCGGCAAUAGCUUUUGACUCAAAAGAGAUGACAUUACUUUUGCCAGCAUGGUGUUCCUCUUGUCGAGACGCGUCGAAUGAACUAUAAUUUGACCUUGAAAGGUCAACUUGAAAAUUUGGCCUCAGGUCAAGGUCAUGACCUGACCGUAAAAGGUCAUGUUGCAUAUCAGUCGGUUCGCAACGUCGAGCCAAACAUAUCUAAGGCGUUUUCAGCGCUCUAGCACGCCUCUAUCAGAAGUUAUUAGCGAAAAAAACUGUUAGCUGUUAGAAAAACUGAAAAACUGUUCGUGACCUGAGAUGACCUCGGGGACAUACCGAGGGGUCACAACUCACAGUUGCUAUUUUCCGGUUCAGUGUGUCAAUCGUACCUACAUCUCGAUGUUUGAGAGUGUCUAGAAUAGCGUUUGUGCAAAACAGGCGCUUUUCAAUUUUCUCCCAUUGACUUAGGUAAAAUGGAGAGGCCGCAACAUUGACCUGACCUUAGGUCACCUAUAUUAAGAUUCCGAGAUAUGCGUUUUACAGAUAAUGUUGCUGUUAUCAAUCGCUGAUAGUUUCAAGGCAGUCGAUCAAUCGGUGUAGCUAUGACGAGCAUUCUUAUUGUUUCUUACACACCCCCCCCCCCGGCCCGGCGCCGAUUAUCGUUAAAUAAUCGAUUAUCGAUUAUCGUUACCUAUCGUCUAUCGUUAAAUUUUCAAAAUUAUCGCUCAUCCACUUAUCGCAAGUUACAAAAAAAUUAUACACGAUAAACGAUAAAAUGUAAAACGGGAUGAUGGAAAAAUGGAAGACGAUCGACAUGCAUGCCGGGUGACAGUAUGUGAAACAGAUGCUGAGCUUGACUAAAAUGUGUUUUUGUCCUUUUUCUUUACUUGUAUGAUCCAGUAUUGAGUAUAUACUGCAAAUAAACUUUAAGUACACUUA